UGCCUGGAAGACCAAACUCGGGGCGAAAAAAACUACACCUCUAAAUCUGAAGCUCACAACCCUGAUAGCGCAUGUGUUAUUAGAUAAUAUACCUUCUUUCAAACAGUUAGACUCUAUUUCUGAAUAUAUUUAUAGUUUGAAAUAAAGACAGUGGCAGCGUGAGAGUCUCAGGCUGGUUUGUGAUGCUUCAGUGAGCAAGAAGAAGAAGAAGAAGAAGACGUACACAGUGCUGGUGGGUGACCUGCAGGUUCUGUCACAUGUGAGACAGUUUAUACUGUCUGAUCAGAGGUGAGAGUGACAUCUAACUGCGGUCCCGAUGCCACCAGUAAGACAGCUUCCUGAAACAACAUGACAGCACUGAGGAGGAUUCACUCAUGGUUCCCCCUGCUGCAGCGACCCUGCACACACAGCGGGCAGAGAGCAGCCUCAACAACCUGCAGACCCCUCCUCACCUCUCACCAUGCAGCUGCAGUGAUAUACUGUCACCAACACUGGCUGAGAGCUGUCUCCACCCUGCAGUCCAGAGCCUUUGCACUCUCUACACGCACUUUCAAGAGCACAGAUGACCUCAAAGGUGGACAGCAGCACUUUGAUUCCACACUGGAGGAUGAUGAGGGUGAAGAUUUCAUCGAGGACAGCGAGGUGGAGGAGCUGUUCCAGCAGCAGGUUCCUACAGGCAUCGAGGGCCAUCACAGGGUCUUCAUCGUUCACCCUGAUGUCAAGUGGGGAAGCAGGAAGCAGUAUCUGACCACCGCUGAGCUGAUGAUGGCCGAGGCUGAAGGGCUUGUAAACACCUUAGAUAACUGGAGAGUGGUGGACAAGAUCAUCCUCUCGACCAAGACGCCAGAAAAGAAGAGGAUAUUUGGAAAAGGCAAUUUCCAGUCUCUCACAGAGAAAAUCAGGCGAACAGCAGGAAUCACAGCUGUUUUUGUCAAUGUGGAGCGUCUGUCCCCUUUGUCUGAGAGGGAGCUUGAGGAAGCCUGGGCGGUGAAAGUGUUUGACAGAUACUCUGUGGUCCUCCACAUCUUCCGCUGCAAUGCCAGAACUAAAGAGGCCAAGUUACAGAUCUCUCUGGCAGAGAUUCCCUUGUUAAGGUCUCGUCUGAAAAAUGAAAUCGCAAACUUGGAUCAGCAGGGUGGAGGGGCGAGAUACAUCGGAGGUUCAGGUGAGACGCUGAUGGAGGUCCAGCAGAGACUGUUGAAGGAGCGGGAGAUGAAGAUUCGCUCAGCGCUGGAGAAGCUGCGUAAAAAGAGGAAUCUGCUGCGAUCUCAGCGCAAACACAAGGAGUUCCCCAUCGUCUCUGUGCUGGGAUAUACAAACUGUGGAAAAACGACUCUGAUCAAAGCACUGACUGGUGACAGCGGUCUCCAGCCCAGAAACCAGCUCUUCGCCACCCUGGACGUCACCGUCCACGCCGGCCAGUUGCCCAGUCGCAUGACUGUGCUGUACGUGGACACCAUCGGCUUCCUGUCCCAGCUGCCCCACCAGCUCAUCGACUCCUUUUCUGCCACCCUGGAAGAUAUUAAACACUCUGAUCUGCUGAUUCAUGUCAGAGACAUCAGCCAUCCAGAGACGGUGAAUCAGAAGGUGAACGUACUCAGUGUUUUGAAGAACCUACAAAUCCCCGACAGGCUGAUGAGCUCCAUGAUUGAGGUCCACAAUAAAAUAGACCUUGUUGACAACUAUCAGUCUGCAGAGCCCAACACACUGCCCAUAUCUGCUUUGGAAGAGCGAGGCCUGGAUGUGCUGAAGAAAGCAGUGGAGGAAGAGAUCGUGAACUCUACAGGAAAACAAAUUCUGAAUCUCAAAGUAGACCUCAGCACUCCUCAGUUAAGUUGGCUGUACAAAGAGGCCGCCGUUCAGGACGUGCACGUGAAUGCAGAUGAGGGCUCGGCUGUUGUCAAGGUCAUCAUCAGCACGGCUGCUUAUGGACGCUACAAGAAACUGUUCACAGGCAGAUAACAACGCUGGGAGGAGAGAAAUCCUUUUCUGCUGCACGACAGCAGCCGUGGGACAGAUAGACUGCACCACAAUCGUUGUAAAAAAAAAGAUUGUAUGUAACAAAGAGUAUAUUAAAAUAUUAGAAAAUACA